AUGGCAACAAAACAAUUCGACGAACUUGAAUCUCUACUCAACAACUUUAGUAAGCGUCUAAACGACAUCGAUAAAACUCUUCAGAGUGUGACUUCAAACCAACAAAACAGUGAAGACCUUUUAAAAAAGACCCGCGCACUUCGCGAAACAGCUCUUAAAAAUCACCAAGACCUUUUGAACUUCCUCAACUCGCAUCAACAGUCCAUUGAGAGACAGAUAAGUGAUAUUCGUGUGGCAAUGGGAUGUGGCAAAAAUGGCGAGCGAUCAAAUCCACUCGAUGAGACAGACAUACAACACAUUGAGUCACUCACCGGUUUGACUACAGGCGAUGUCAAAUAUCAGGCAACUGUCGAUGGAUUUAUCAACUCUUCAUUUAACAAAUGUGUGAGCGGUGUACCCAAUUUAAUAGUUGUAGUGUUCGACAGUGAGGGCAAUGUCUUCGGUUCUUUCAACUCCGAGCCCCUCCCCAACAUGGCUCUCUACGACGGAAAUUCGGCAAAAGGAGUUUUCAAUGAUCCAAAGCACUUUUUCUUUGUCUUAAAACGCAAAGGCGUCUCCGAUGUUAAAAAGUACACCCGGAAGAGUGUUGGCUAUUCUAUGUGGCUUUUCAGUGCAAUCGAAAAUUUGGUUUCUGUGAACGGCGCGUUUGUGCUCGUGAACAACUGCAACAGGUCAUUCGACUCUUCCAUUUCAGGAAAUUUCAACAGAGAGUACGGUGAACCGCUCACUGUUGAGAAAAAGAAAUUUAUGGUUCGCGACGUUGUUGCCUUUUCACUCAAAUAA